AUGGAGGCGGCCAGAGGCGGAACGACGGCGUCAGCGCGCGGUAAAGGGAAAGGGAAAGGAGAGGCGGCCGGCCGGGGCGCGAGGGGAGGGCGGCGCGGUGGGCGGCAAGGGCGGGCGGUGGCGCAGUGGACGGCGUGGUGGGCGUCGAUAGAGAGCGGCGAGCACCUUGAAGCCCUUGAAGAAAAAGAUCUUGGUAACCUGACCCGGGUCCCGCACACCGGCACCACGAACCCGGAAGCCGCAUCCAACGCGGAAAUUCCUGAGGGCCCUCCUCCCACUAAGCGGAAGAGAGGCGCAGCCUCCGGGCCGGCACCCAAACGUGCGCGUGAGACUCCCAGCGCCGCGGCCACCAAGAAACUUGAAAAAGAGAAACAGCGUCUCAAGGAAAUCAACACCAGUCAAAGCUCGCAGGCCAGCCUCGAGCAAUUCUUCAACAAGCCCAGCAAAAUCGCCGGAAGCAAGCCCUCGAAGAAGAAAGCCAAGCCCUCGCCUGCCUCUAUGCAAAUUACUCCAGAAGUGGAAGUUCCGCCUAAGCCCUCCUCCUCUGCAGCUCCAGAGCCAAAGGACGUUAUCAAUGUCGAUGAUCUUCCGGAGCAUACUGUAGAUUCCGGCAAAGACGCCUCCUCAUCCAUGCCUCCGCCUAAAGAGCCCGAACCCACCUCGGCUGAAGCUCCGGCUAAUGAUGCCACAAAGAAAUUAUUGCUGAGUGGUGCUACCGCUCCUCUUCAUAAGCGUCAUGUGGAAAUGACCAACUUGAUGAAUCAAGUGUGGGGGUCGGCGGAGACGGAGCAACAAGACCUCGCAACCCUGGAGGACAGUCUCCGGGCCUUCUUUGCCAGGAACAAAGCCAUGCGCAAGAACACCCGUCAACUGCACGAAGAUAUGCGGACGCUGGUGCUGGAGCAGAAGGCGGAGAUCGAGCGGCUGAACCGGAAGGAGGCGGAGGAUCGGCAGACUAUCAUACUCCCGGAAACUAAACAACUUGCCAAGCGUCCUUCGGUCGACGACAUCUCCGCCAAGCUCAAAGUCUUGGAAUCUGAGAAUGAGUCCCUCAAGCAGUCCCUCAAGGAGUCUCAUGAAAAUGAGACUAAAACCAAAAAGGAGCUAGAGGACAAGCACACUCAGGCGAUGGCGGAGAUGGCCAAAAAACUUAAAACCAGCACCCACAGAGUCAAGUCUCUCUCAACCAAGCUGAAGGCUGCUGAGGUGGAGGCGACGAAUGUUGACGAGCUGAUCUUCCAAGCUGUCCCUGAAAAGGCCCGCACCUCUAUCAUUGAUAAGAUGACAAAGCUUAUGAAGCUGGUGCCGGAGCUGAUCGAGGACUGGCAAGAGUCUUCCGCACGCGGAGCUGCUUCGAUUGCCUUGGCCAUGUGCAAAUCAUACUUUCCCGCCAUGGACUUCGCGACGAUCGCACGCGGAGUCCCCAAGGGCACCAAUGUCAAGCAAGCUCUCGCGGAAACUCAAGGUUUCGACACGCUAUUUGCCCGGCGAGUGGAUCACUCAUCAUGGUACCAGAAGAAUGACGUUCUUGCUGGUUUCUCCGAUGAUGAGGAAGAUGACGAGGCGGAAGGCGAGGCAGAAGGCUCCGGGUCCGGCGCGCAUCAGUCAGAUGAUGACUCAGGCGAUGCUUCCGGCAAAGACAACACUUACCAAGAGUCUGAAGACAAGCCGGAAUCCUCAGAGUGA